UCUGUUGCCAAUCUGAGAAAGCCAUGGCGUUUUCUUUGCACAAGUUCUGCUGAUUAGAGUUUUGUGUUGCAUUUCUUGCAUAAACUACACCUCUAAACCAUCAGCGAAGAUUUCCUAAGAUUUUAUUCCUUUAAGAGGAAAAUAAAGGCACUUGCAGAGCUGUCUGAGUGCAGAUUUCUCCUUUAUAAUCUUUUAUUGUGAUCUCACACAUUCAAACAACUCACAGUUUGGGGGUCUUUCCAGAAUAUUAAACAUUAGAUUUUAAAGAAACAAUGAAAUUUAUUUCCACACUAUUUCAUCGCUUUACAUAUUACUAAAUUAUGAAAGCAGAAUAACAAGUACAACUGGCAUAAACAGGUUUGGGAACAAACACAGGUAACUCACUGUCAGAUUGUACUGAUAGGAGCAGAAGUAGACAGAUUCACGGGAGAGUAGUUUCCUAAUCAGCGUGAUGUGGGAAUCAGCAGUUUAUGAUUUAUAAAGGAAAUAGAAUGAGUUAAUUGGUUAGAGUUUUUAGUGUAAGUAGACUAAGAGAGCAACUACUAUACCUCUACAUUUUAAUUAUUUUACUGUGUGUCUAUCGCCUUCAUAGAGACGUAGAGCAUUCUGAGGACAGAGAUAGUGCCUGGCUAUUAAAGGAAACUUUGAGGGAAUCCCUAAAAGUUCUUCUAUCACCAUAUAGAUCUUUAAUCUUCUUAUGAAAACAAAUGAAAUUCUGAAAAACGAACAGUUGUUUUUAAGACAUUUACAUUAAUUCAUGGGUCCCUCAAGAAAAGUAAAUGUAAUAUUGCACAUUUCCUUGUUAAAAGCUUAUAUUAAUUUCCUAAGGCUGCCAUAACAAAUUACCACAAACUGGAUAGCUAAAAGCGACAAAAAUGUAUUCUCUCGUAGUUAUGGAAGCAGAAGUCCCAAAUCUAGGUGUUCUCAUGACCAUGUUUCUUUCAAAGUGUCUCAUUUUCCUUGCCUCUUCAGCUUCUGGUAGCUCCAGGUGUUUCGUUCCUUGGCUUGGGGCUCCAUGUCUUGAGCCUCCUAUGGUCUUCUUAAUGUGCAUCUGAAUCUCAAAUCUCCCUCUACCUUUCUGCUGUAAGAACACUUGUGUGCAAAUAAUGGCCAACCAUAUGAGAACAGGCAAAGAUUAUUUGUUCAGAGUUUGCUAUGGCAAGGAAGUCGGCCACCAUCACUUGUGGGUUGGCAAAGUAGGAAAGCUUUAUAGUGGAAAAAAAGGAAAUCUUCAAGUAUACCCUGAUUAGAGGCAAUUGGCAUGGGGAAGCUGUAAGUGGGCUAACUAGAAGCAAGGCAUCCUAUGCGAUUGGCUAAGUGUGCAUAUUUGGCUUUCUCUGAUUGAUCCCAAGAUAGAAGUGGUGACAAAAAUUAGGGAAGCUGUCAGUUAUUCAGCAAACCAGCAAACACUCGUCUUUUGGGGCCAGUUGUUACAGAAGUUUCUGUUUGGCUUCUAGAAUUGUUAUUAGAGAUAGUGGUCUGGCUUCCUACAAGCCUGGCUUAUAGACAGCAGGAUGGUUUCCUGGUCUGGUUACUGUAGGAAACAGGUUGGUUUCCUGAGUUGGUUGCUGCCAAUUGUAGGUCAGAAUUCUGUAUUUAUAUAUGGUCUGCCCACUGUUUGCAUAGCCCAUCUCUCACCUGUCAUUGGAUUUAGGGCUAAUCCUAAAUCCAGGAUGAUCUCAUUUCAAGAUCCUUAACUACAACUACAAACACCAUUUUUCCAAAUUAGCACAUUCACAGAUUCUGGAGUUUGGGACAUGGACAUAUAGGUGUGGGGGCACCAUUCAACCUACAAGCUCCUCUUGGUUUAGAAAUCAUGCUUACUUGUACACAGAGUAAAAAAAACAAAAAAAAACCCCAAAAAACCUUGCUUCUUACUGUCCUGAAUGAAACACGUAGGUAGGCUGUGACUGGAUUUCAUCAUACACCUAUCAUUUCUAUUUGAAACAGUUGCCUAGCUAUCCCUUAAAGCUUGGAUUCAAGCUACGGAUCAAUCUUUGUGUGUUUACACUUUAAAACAAGACAUCUUGGUAGUCCAUUACUAGCGGAACAUUCAGAGAAAUCUCACCUUUUGUAGAAAGUUAGAAGCAGGGUGGUUAAUGUAUUAAUGUUGCCUGUAUUGUCUUUGAUAGGAAGUUAAGGAACAUGCAAAUCCUGGUUUUUUUUCUUUCUGUUUUCAGCAUCCUGAAACCUUAAUCACAUUGCCUAGUCAAAGAAGAGAGUAAUGACUACUCUUAGCAGAUCCCAACACACUAGUAUAUAAUAGGUAUGAAUACAUUUUUAAUGAUCCAAUUAAUUAGUUCCUUUGGAUGAUGUUAUAACUUCUCUUAAAAACAUGUGAUUGAAAAGACUUACACUCUUUUUUACCUGAAAAGUGUGUAUUCUUACUUAUUUGUGCAGUGGGUGACAUUUUCCCCACUAUUAUCUUUAUUUGUUAGAAUUGAACCACCCAGAUCUGAGUUCAUCAUGUUUAUGACAAAGACCAUAAUUUAAAAUUUGCUCGAUUCCAGGGAACUCUUUGACCUCAUCUUUCCCCAGGUUAAUUUUCUUUAGCUUUCUCAGCUAAAUAUCAGCUUUAGAUAUUAAACUCCCCCACCCACUUAGAAAGCAAAAAUAGUUUCACACAAAAAUUAUGUUUCUGGUAAUAUUUUCUGUUUUCUGAAAAGUCGCUAUUUUAAAAGGGUAGGAUGAAAUUAUAAGCUACUUUAACUGCCUAGCUGUCACAUGACAGCUUUCCCAUUCAGAAUGAAAACCGGUGCUUAUGUGACAUGGUUGCACAUACACAAUUACCUCCUCGUAGUGCUUCUAAGCCAAAAGCUCUCAAAAGCCCAGAGGAGUUUGACAGUCUUGCUUUAUUUUGCUCAUUAACUUGGAGAAGGUACCAGAUGAUGAGUUUGCAAAAGCUGGAACCAUGGCCUUUUAAAAAUAUCCCAAGGGUCAAAUAGAGGGGCUUGCCUCUUCAAUGCAAAAGAGAUAAUGCACAAAUUAUGCUUAUCACAGUGCUUUCAUACAUGUUAAGUGCCUAAUAAAUGUGAAUUUGAAUCCUAAUUGUUUCAAAUUCCAUCCUUCCUACUUGUUGGAUGUGUGACCUUUGUCUAAUUUCUUAAUUUCUCCAAGUCUUAGUUUACUCAUCUAUAAAAUAUAGGUAAAAAUAAUAUCUAGCUUAUAGGAUUGUUCUGAGGGAAAAUACAGAUAAUUCAUGUAAAAGCACUUAGAACAAUGUCAGUUACUUGUAAGUACUCAAUGUUGAUUAUAGUUAAUAUAGAAAAAUGAUAGUUUAGUGUAGUAUUUUUAUUAACUUAUUUUCUGUAAAGCUAAUUUUUUAGUUGAAAGUAUAUUUUCUAAAUGAUUGUGUUUUAUAUGUAGUUUGAACAUUUACUAUCAAAUACUGUAGUUUUUUUUUAAAUCAGAGUCACUUAAUUUGUCUUUAUAUUCCUCAAAAUACCUUAUAUAUUAUAUGUACCCACAUAUAUGGUUUGAAUGAAAGAGUAAUUGAGGGGCACUUGGGUGGCUCAGUCGGUUGAGCCUCUGACUUUGGCUCAGGUCAUGAUCUCAUGGUUCGUGAGUUCGAACCCCGCGUCGGGCUCCGUGCUGACAGCUCAGAGCCUGGAGCCUGCUUCGGAUUCUGUGUUACUCUCUCUCUCUCUCUGCCCCUCCCCUGCUCACACUCUGCCUUCUCUGUCUUUCAAAAAUAAAUAAAUGUUAAAAAAAAAAAAAGAAAGUAAUUGAUACUGUCUAGUCUCUAAACUCUCGUUUUCAUUGAUUUAAAUGAUUGUAAUGAAUUAUCAGUAGAUGGCAGUAGUUUGUUUUCUUUUUUAUCUUUUGUCCAUUCUGCAAUAGAGAUCCAGAAAAAACUACAACUUUCCCAAUUUUAAAGCAUAUAUCCUUUCACAAAUAGUUGGUUUAAAUAAAUGUCACCCAAGAGUUUUUCAAUUUAUGUUGCUUUAGAAAUAGAGAUCAAGAAGUAACAGUUAUGUGAUUUUUUAUUAUUAUAAAUCUAAUGUUUUCCAUUUUUUAAGAUUUCUCCAACAAAUUUUUAGGGAAUACAAAAAUGAGUAAGACACUGUAUGUGUCUUCCUGGAGCUUAUAGUCUAGUGGGGAAAUAUGUAUAAAAUGAUGGAAAUAAUAAGAAUAAAAAUUGUAGGGGCGCCUGGGUGGCUCAGUUGGUUAAGCAUCUGACUUCGGCUCAGGUCAUGAUCUCACAGUCCGUGAGUUCCAGCCCUGCGUCGGGCUCUGUGCUGACAGCUCAGAGCCUGGAGCCUGCUUCAGAUUCUGUGUCUCCCUCUCUCUGACCCUCCCCUGUUCAUGCUGUCUCUCUCUCUCUCUGUCUCAAAAAUAAAUAAACAUUAAAAAAAAUUUUUUUAAUAAAAAAAGAAUAAAAAUUGUUAAGUAGCAGGAAUUUGCUAAAUGUUGUCAUGCAUUAUUGAGUCCUCACAAUAAUUCUAAUGAAACAGGUAUUACUAUUGUUUCUGUUUUAUAGAUAAAGAAUCUGAGGCCCAGGUUGGGCCUAAUAAACUAGUAAGUGGUACAAUCUGAAUUCAAAGCUGGCUGUGUCUUACUUUAUAACCUAAACUGUCAUCACAGUAUAACAGAUAUAGAAAAAUUGCACCAGAAAGAGGGAGGGAUUAUAUCUCCCCAAAAAGAUCAAAAAAGACUUCUUAAAGAAGAUGCCAUCUGUGAUGAAGUUGAAAGCUUGGUUGUGAUGUUGACAUGGCGGGAACAGUAUUUUAGGAGAUUCUAUCAGUAGAACAGGGUAAAUUGGAAUGAAGAUAGACUACAAACAGACACCUAGAAAGUGCCAGGCACUGUUUCAGGUCUCUACCUUUGUGGACCUUAUAUUAGUAAAGGGAGAUAGGAAGAAAUAAAUGUAUAUAAAAUGUCAGUAGUGACAAAUGCUAUUAAGAAAAAUGAGGCAGGGUCAGAAAAUGGAGAAUGAAGAAGGGGAGGUCAUGUUUUAAAGAAGGUUAUCAGGGAAGGCUUCUCUACUAAGAUAGUAUUUGGAAGUGCUAAGUAGUGAGUGAAUCCUAAUAUAAUUUAAAGAGGGAACCAACAGGUUUUGCUAAAAGAAUUGCAUGCAGCAUGUAAAAGAAAAGUCAAGAUUCUGGCUUGUGCUUCGGGUAGAUAAUUGAGACAGAAGUCCUGGGCCACAUAUUUGGAGAGUAUCUUAAGGGAUUUCCCAAAGGGCCUAUGAAACAUCCACAAUGAACUCUUAUUUAUGAUUAUCUUGAAGAAGUCUUGUUGAAUUGCUGAGUGUUCUCUACUUUUUUAUUUUAUUUAUUUAUUUAUUUAUUUAUUUAUUUAUUUAUUUAUUUAUUUAUUGGAGAGGGAGCUGCCAUUUAUUUAGCUUUGCUCCCUCCUGUUCUAUACUUUUUUUUAGAGAACUCCUUACUAAUGUCUCCAGGGUUUUGGGCCUAAACAGGAAAAACUUCAUUUAUUGAGAUGGAGGAGACUGUGAAGGAGCAGGUUUAGUGGUGGUGGUAGAGUGAACAGAGAAAUACAUAGUUCAGUUUGGACUAUAUUAAAUUGAAAUGCCUAUAAAAAUCCAAGUGAAGAUAUCAGGUAGGCAAUUUGGGUAUGAGUCUGGAGGUCAAGAAGGAUGUUCAGAUUAGAGAUAUGAAUAGGAUAAAACCUGUAAGUGGGUUUUAAGGCUAUGCAACUAGGUGACAUCAGUUGAAGAGUGAGUAUGGAGAAGAUGCCUGAGGACUUAGCAUUGGGACACUGACAUAGAUGGGAAAGCUGAAGAGGAAACCCUAGACAAAGUCCAUAAUAAUUACUCACUAUAUAUGUCAGGUACUAUGCUAAGCAUGCUACCUAUAUUACGUUAAUUAUUAUGACAGCACUGUGAGGCUUUAUAGAUGAGGACCCUGAUGGUCAAAGAAGUUAAGAAAUUGUCUCAAGGUCAUAACAGCUAAAAAGCAGGAGAACCAAGAUUCAAAUACAGUUCAGUUUUCCUCCAAAGCUUUUUCACUUAACCAUUGUGUUUUAAUUUUAGGAACUAAUGAUAAAAUAUCCUUGCCAUCCCUUUGAGGUUUUUGACAAUUAAUUUGCUUUCAGGAUCACUAGGAUAUAUGACAGGAAAAAAAAAAACAACAAGGAAAAGUGAGAAAUUAUCAAUAUUGAUUAUUUUAUAGGCACAAAAAAAGGUGAAUCAAAAAGGGGGAAGAGACACAGAAGAAUGUCAGGCAACAAAGAAAUGAAGAGUCAAGGAGUUCCUGAAGAAGGAUGAACUCCAUGAGCUUGAAAAACAAAUAGCAUCUGUCUCUGCAGAAACUAAAGAAACAGAAAGGCAAAUUUAUCAGCAAGAUGCUGCCAUCGAGAAUACCAAACUACAGUGUGGGAACCUGGAAACUCAAAUCAAAUCCUUACAUACAGAAAAUGUAAAGCUUAAAUUUGACAUAGAAGGAGCUCAAGAAGACUUUGAGGAACACAUGAUAAGAUAUAAUGAAUAUUAUGCAAAAAUAAAAGAGCAUAAAGAUAGUUUGUGGGAAGUUGGAAGCAAAAGGUCAUUCAUGACUACACUCCAUGAAAAACAAGAUCUUGUUAGAAAACUAAAAACAAUGAAAGAGGAACUUAUGCAAAAUCUCAAAAAUCCAGAAGGAAACCACAUAAAACAAGUACAGGAAGACAUUAUAAAGCUGAAGGCUAAAAUUAUAGCUGUAAAAGAAUCUAUCAUUGAAAAAACUUUCUUUCUUGAGGAAGAAGAAAAGACACAUGAAAAAUUAAGAAAGGAAAUAGAGGUACAACAUAAGAGAUAUAAUGCAAUUCUUAAGCGUUUGCAUUGUCAAGUGAACAAGCUUCAGUCAAAUAGAAGACAAUGGCAAUCGAACAUUCAACAACUGGAAAAAACUGCAGCUGAACUGAGAAAACGCAUUGGAAUGAAAUACUAACGUGGCUAAAGGGCAAUGUAGAACAUAGACUAUGCCAACAAAACAGAAAAUUCUUUGGAUUCUUAACAACCAGCAUCUACUACCAGAGGUCUGUCUUAAUAACAGAUGUAUUUUCUCUCUCUCUCUUUUUUUUUUUUUGAAUCAGUUACCUGUUUACCUUCCAAGCCUACAAUUGACAACAGUAGAGAGACAAUAGGAAUGCUUAUGUCAGAAUAGUGCAAGAUUCUAUAUAAACAUUUUAAGUGUAUAAGAUAAACUGUACUCAUGAUUCUUAUUUUAUAAAUGUGUUGUUUGCACUAUCAUAUGAGGUAAAAAUUUAGAAGGAAACACUUGAAGUUAUAAUGAUUUAUUUUAAAUGAUUUAUUUUAAAUGAUUUAUUUUAAAUGAUUGUUUCAAACAUUUUAUUAAAACUUGCUUUUUUACCACUGCC